AUGUCUUCUGGCGCUGCACCCAUCGACCCAGCCCGCUUCGCUGAGGCCCUCGAAUCUCUCCCACUCGACUCACUCCACGCCAAAGCAGCAGAGCUUCGCAACAGCAUCGCCCACCUAAAGUCGUCGAAUGAGCAAAUGCUGCCCUUCGCUGACGAGGGAGACGCGGACUGCAGAGAAGCUAUGUUCGAGAAUCUGGCAGUGAUUGGAAGAAUGAAUGAGAGGAUUGACUUGCUGAGGAAAGAGGUUGAAGGGCGUGGUAUGCGGUGGGCAGAAGGGGAGGUGGAGGAUGCGGAGAAGAGCGGGACGAUAGUCAACGGACAUGUGGAUGGGGAGAUGUCUGGUGUGAAUGGUACUUCCGGGGAAACUGCGGCGCAGAGGGCGCCGAGCGGAAGGUUGACAGAUGAGGAGCUGAGGAGGCGGUUGGAGGCGGAGAUGGGUGGUGCGGAUGAGGAAGACGGAGUGUAUUUGUGA